UUUGCCCUGACAGCUGCCAACAGUCGCGCACUGCUACCAACCUUCCAACUGUCGCGGCUGUUUCCUGUUCUUUUCAACCAAGUUCUCUCCGACGUAUGUUGUGUCGAUAAAUAAACUAUCGAGGAAGAAUGGUCCGCAUUAGUGUGCUAGCCGAUGCGCUCAAGUGCAUCAACAAUGCCGAGAAGCGUGGAAAACGCCAGGUCCUGAUCCGGCCCAACAGUAAAGUCGUGAUCAAGUUCCUGACCGUGAUGAUGAAGCAUGGCUACAUCGGAGAGUUCGAAAUCGUCGACGAUCACCGAUCCGGCAAGGUCGUGGUAAAUCUGACCGGACGCCUCAACAAGGCCGGCAUCAUCUCGCCCCGGUUCGACGUGAAGAUGGACGAUAUCGAACGGUGGACCAAUACGCUGCUCCCCUCGCGUCAGUUCGGAUAUGUCGUGCUGACGACCAGCGGUGGCAUCAUGGAUCACGAAGAAGCCAGACGGAAGCAUCUGGGAGGCAAGAUUCUAGGUUACUUCUUCUAAGUUUGCUGGGCGACAAAACAUUACUACCAAGAGUAACUUCUAAUUAAAAAAACAAAAAUCAACAUCCGUCAGUCCAAAUUCCAAUCACUCGCGGGAGAUUUUUCUUUUCUUUUUUUCUCUCGUGCUAAGGCCACAAAGAAGCGUUAAAGUUGGUAAACCACCAUGCCUCGCUAGCCGGGGGUGUGUUUACCGGCAAAAAAAGGAAAAAAAAGGAAGCGGUUAGGUGUGUUUUAUAUGAAUGCAUUAAUAUAAUGUGAAGUUUCACCUCAAGGGAAAGUGAAAAAAUUAAAAGAAAAAUCGAAUCCGUA